AUGACCUCAAAUCCAGAGUGGGGGCCUGAAGGCUCGCCUCAUGAGAUCGCACUCGAGCGAACGUUCGUCGCUGGCGACUUUCUGACCGGGAUGGGCUAUGGCAUCCAGAUUGUCCUUUUUACUAGUUGCGCGAUAUAUUUAUGGAACACACGCCGGACCAAAGGCCGACAGACAUAUUUCCUCCUUGCCUACAUGACACUUCUUCUCACCGUGCAGACUAUCUACUGUGCCGUACAAGCACGCACGGUGCAGAUAAUGUAUAUCGACAAUCGAAAUUAUCCGGGAGGACCCUGGCAGUACUUCCUGGCUACGCAGAACCUUCCUGUCAAUAUUAUGUUUUACGCAACGCUAUUCGUCUUGACCUUCCUUGCUGACUUGCUCAUUCUAUGGAGAUGUUGGAUUAUCUGGAGUGCAACAAGGGUUACCAUCGCUUAUGUGGUCGUUGCCUUCCCUGCUCUCAUGCUUCUGGCAUCCUUCGUGAUGGGCACACUCUGGACGCUUCAAUCAAGUCAACCUGGUCUCUCAUUAUACAGUGCACUUCCCAUGGCGUACGGAACAUCAUACUAUGUCAUCUCCCUCAGCGUCAACAUCAUCCUGACGAUCCUCAUCGCCACAAGGCUCCUCUUAUAUCGCAGAAAAAUGAUGGCGACCAUUGCACCUAACCACGGAACGGAGUACUUCUCUCUCGCAGCCAUUUUUGUUGAAUCCGCUGCUCUCUAUUCCUUCUUUGCCAUCAUAUUCAUCAUUACUUAUGCCAUUGACAAUCCGAUCAACCAGGUCUUCCUUGCAUUCGCCUCGUCUGCACAGCAAAUCGCUGGCUAUUUGAUCAUUUACCGCGUUGCAGAGGGACGGGCGCUGAACCAGAAGACGUUGGCCGCGACAUGGCAGACGGCCCACAGCUUGAACUUCCAUGUAUCAAACACCCAGCAAAGCGAGUUGAACGCGACUGACGCGUUGGAAGCCACCAAUACCCCAACAUCGCUCUCCCCGGGCCCCGGAUCACCCGGACGCACCUCGGGUGGGAUACAUCUGCGCAAAUCAGGAGAAAAAGAGAAGUCAGAGGGCGAGCAGGUCACAAAAUAUGAAAAUGUCUAG